AUGUUGUCCAACAAGCUCGACGCGUUAUCAUGGAAUCUUGCCUCAUUCAUUGCAGCUGACGCAUCCCAGUCAAAGGUUCCGUCCUUCUCCUCCAAUCAUCUUGUUGUCGUCGUCGUUGUCCUAAUCGGCGUUCUCACAUUCAUCUCGCUGUGCAAGCCUCAGCCUCGACUCUCUCAAGUUACACCUCCAAUAGUCCCCGUAAAGGCUCUGCUGUCCGUAAUAACACCAACUGCCGCUGCAUGGCCUGCAGAUUACAUCCAGCUCAUCAAUUACACGGCUUCUUCUCGCACCAAGACUAUUUCGAUUUCGCUCUCCAGUCUUAUCGAGAACAUCUGCCAUCGCAAAAUAGAGUUUAGAAACUAUCAAGACCUUAUCCACCUCUUCUCGGGAGCACUUGUGGUGCACGGGUGGCGGCUUGAGUUGGUGAUAGAUGGGGGGAUCGGAUCCAAGGUGUUUGGAUGGGUUAUUGGGAAUUAUUUUCAGUCCAAGUCUCCUCGUCGCCGCCAGUUGAAACGCACACAUGGCUCCUCGUCGCCCAAAGGAAAUAUUCUCUUCAAACUUUUUCCCCUCAAUGUCAAUACUCAUAUCGACCUCGACUGCACAUCAUUCAGCCAAGUCGACUACGCUCUUGAUAGCCUCCGUGUCGACCUUGUUCGUGAUCAAACAGCUACACUCGAAUUUACCACCCCCGCCUCAUCGCUCGAGUUUCUCGGCAAAGACUUCAUCAUCUGUGCUAUUUCUUUGAUGUCCCGCAAAUACGCCAAGGAAGGCAACAACCGCACCACCAGUUCACUCUUCUUAGACCUCAAGUAUGUGCUACAAUACCUGACGACCGGCGAAGAAGCACUCGUUCUCGAUAGCCUAAUCAACAUCUCGAAGGAACACGCUGAAAAGCUCGUUGCGGCUGCUGACCGCCUUGAUAAGGACAAGACUAUCCGGACUGCGUUCGUUCACGAGUGGGGUAUCGAGGGAUAUUCAGAAGAGCGUUUCAUGCUGGGUUGGGAAGCGGCUUUGCUCUUGUCGGGGAAGCAUUUGGCGCGCUGGAGGUUGGUGGUCCGGAAAUGA